AAUAGGCCAGCCCUACCGUGUGGGCUUGUGGCUCCUGAUCAGCAGAUGCAAACGCCCAUCGAAGCGAGAAGACAACCACAUGCAACAACUAGACGGAGACUAGGGCGCGCGCUCGAAGGCAAGAGGUAGCUACCCAGCCAGCUGGUAUAGCUAGCCAUGGCCAUGAAGCCAUCAUCAUUGUCCAAGCCAUUCCUCGCCUUGUUCUUCUUCCUCGUGAGGAGGCUCGUAGGCCGGCACCACCGCGGCACGAUGGCCGUGACGAAGCCGAGCCCUCCACCACCGCCGCUGGACAAGCUGCGUGGCAAGACCUUGGUGGUCGACGUGGAGGGGUGGAUCCUGCGGCCGCCGGUUUCCGCCUUCCCGUACUUCAUGCUCGUCGCAGUGGAGGCCGGCGGGUUCCUCCGGGGGCUGCUCCUGCUGCUGCUCUACCCGCUGCUGUGCCUCCUCAGCGACGUAGCGCGGGCGAGGGCCAUGGCCACGGUGGCUCUCGUCGGGCUGGAGGAGAAGGAGGUGGCCAGGGUCGGCAGGGCGGUGCUGCCCAAGUUCUUCCUGGAGGCCGCGGCGGCGGAGGGUGUGGCUGUGGUGCAGGCGGCGGCGCGGGUGGUGGCGGUGAGCGCGACGUUCCCGAGGGUGAUGGUGGACGAGUUCUUGAAGGAGUACGUCGGCGUGGACGCCGUCGUGGGGCCGGAGGUGAGGUCGGUCGGUGGGGUCCUCGCCGGGCUGGUGGGCGAGGAGGACGCGGCCGAGAUAGCAGCGAAAAGGCUCCGAGUCCUGUUCGGCGCCGAGGUGGAGGUGGCGGGAAAGGACAACGGCGCCGUGGGGCUCGUCGGAGCGGCGAGCAGCGGUGGGGUGCACUACCUUUUCUCUUCUUACUAUUGCAAGGAAACUUUCGCUGUGAGCGAGGCUGACACGCGGGGAUGGCGACCGCUGCAGUGGGACAAGUACCCGAGGCCCCUCGUCUUCCACGACGGCCGUCUCGCCUUCGCGCCGACGCCGCGCGCCGCCCUCGCCAUGUACACCUUCCUCCCCUUCGGCAUCGCGCUCGUCGCCUUCCGCAUCAUCGCCUUCUCCUUCCUUCCGUACCGCGUCUGCUUCCCCGUGGCCGCGCUCACCGGCUUUCACUACCGCCUCGUAGGCGGCCACGGGCCGGGCUCGCGCCAAGGCCAGGGUGGCGGCGGCGACGGUGGCGGCCGCCUCUACGUGUGCAACCACCGCACGCUCCUGGACCCGAUCAUCGUGGCCGCGGCGCUCGGGAAGCCGGUCACCGCGGUGACGUACAGCCUGAGCCCGGUGUCCGAGAUGAUCGCGCCGAUUCGCACGGCGCGGCUGACGCGGGACCGGGAGAAGGAUCGGCGCAACAUGGGUGCGCUGCUGGCGCGCGGCGACCUGGUGGUGUGCCCCGAGGGGACGACGUGCCGGGAGGAGUACCUGCUCCGGUUCAGCCCGCUGUUCGCCGAGCUCGGCGCCGACGCGAACCCCGUCGCACUGGACACGCGCGUCGACAUGUUCUACGGCACCUCGACGAAGCCGGGGGCCAAGUGGAUGGACCCCUUCUACUUCAUGUUGAACCCGAGGCCGGCUUACAGGGUCGAGUUCUUGCCGCACGCCGCAACAUCGCCAGUGGAGAACGGCGGUCGCGGCGACAGCAUCGACGUGGCGAACCAGGUGCAGCGCGAGCUCGGCAAGGUGCUCGGGUUCGAGCUCACCGGGCUGACAAGGAAGGACAAGUACAUGAUGCUCGCUGGCAACGAAGGCGUCGUGCCGGCCGCGCCAAACAAGUACUGACGCUGUCCGAGUACAUAUGCUUUGGUAUCAUGCGUUUUUCAAGUGAUGAGCGGCCGAUGACUUCCCUAUGCGCGCCUCUUAUGGUACAAUGGUGUAUGAAAAAAUAUUAAGCUCGGAAGAGUGUAUAGUGUUGCGAAUUAUAA